UUCUGAAACACCACAAAACACAAAACCAAAUUCACAUUCAAUUAUGGCUUCAAAUAAUGGCCGUAAAGCAAGUGAGAUCUUUCAAGGUCAACUUCUCUUAUACAGACACAUGUAUGCUCAUGUAGAUUCUAUGUUUCUUAAAUGUAUCGUUGAGCUUGGAAUACCAAACAUAAUCCACAACCACGGUCAACCCAUUACUCUUCCAAAAUUGGUGUCAAUUCUACAAGUUCCACCAAAUAAAGUUAGUGGCUUGCAGAGUCUCAUGCGUUAUCUAGCACACAAUGGAUUCUUUGAGAUAGUCACAAUCCAUGACAACUUGGAAGAAAAGGAAGCAUAUGCUCUCACUGCUGCAUCAGAGCUUCUUGUCAAAGGCAGUGACCUUUGUUUAGCACCAAUAGUUGAGUGUUUUCUUGACCCAACUUUUUCAAGUUCAUGGCAUCAAAUGAAGAAGUGGAUUUAUGAGGAUGAUCUCACACUCUUUGGUAUCUCAUUAGGGUCACACUUGUGGGACUUUCUCAAUAAAAGCCCUACACAUAACAAAUCAUUCAAUGAGGCAAUGGCUAGUGAUUCUCAGAUGAUGAACUUGGCGUUGAGAGAUUGCAAUUGGGUCUUUGAAGGACUGGAGACCAUUGUGGAUGUUGGUGGUGGAACUGGAAUCACAGCCAAGAUUAUCUGUGAGGCAUUUCCUAAGUUGAAAUGCAUAGUGUUGGAACGUCCACAUGUUGUAGAUCAGAACUUGUCAGGAUGCAACAAUUUGAAAUAUGUAGUUGGGGACAUGUUUAAAUCUAUUCCCAAGGCUGAUGCAGUUCUACUUAAGUGGAUCUUACAUAAUUGGAAUGACAACGAUUGCAGAAAGAUAUUAGAAAAUUGUAAAGAAGCUAUUAUUUCGAGUAAAUGCAAAAGAGGAAAAGUAAUUGUCAUAGAUGUUGUGAUAAACGAAAAUCAAGAUGAGCAUGAAGUUACUAGACUAAAGCUCCUUAUGAAUGUACACAUGGCGUGUCUUAUUAAUGGAAAAGAGAGAAGUGAAGAAGAAUGGAAGAAACUUUUCGUGGAAGCAGGAUUCCAGGGCUACAAAAUAUCUCCUUUGACAGGACAUUUGUCUCUUAUUGAGAUCUAUCCUUAAAUACUAAAAUUGCGAUCUGUUUAAUAGUUAAUUUGCAUGUUAUGAACUAAAUAAAGUUGCAAUAUAUAUUUAUUUGUUAGCACCACCGAAAUAGUUUGUUGAAAAUCGUGGCAAGAAUUAAAAGAAGAAUUGAUAGGAAAUGAGAAAUAGAAAUCCAACAUUUGA